UUUUCAUCGUCGUCUGAAUGGCACCAAAAAUGACUGCAGCGCGGAAAGGUACUCCGGAUACGGUCGCCUCCCAGUUAGUGGCAAGCAAGUCCGGGACAAUCGCGUAUUAUGCUCUUAUUUCGCGGUUGGUCAUCUGGGUCAUUGCAGUAGCUUCUCAUGCUCUUGUGCAGGACUAUGACUCUGCACUCGAGCUUGUAUUACCAAUCGAAACUCGGGCGCAACAGCUGUUUAAGAGCAUCUUUGGCGUGUUUUUACGUUGGGAUUCCUUUUAUUUUGUUCAUAUUGCAGAGAAUAACUAUGUGUUUGAACAGUCCCAUGCUUUCUUCCCGCUAUUACCUGGCUUGAUGAGACUGAUCGCGAAUUCUGUGCUGGCGCCCCUGAAUGCGUUUCUUUCCUACAGGCAAUUGUUGGUAUUGGCAGGAAUCCUGAUCUCCAAUGUGUCGUUUGUUAUUGCAUCCGUUCAGAUCUAUCGUUUAUCACGGACGCUCUUCAAGCAAGACCAAUUUGCUUUUUUAACAGCGCUACUUUACAUCUUGACACCCUCAGGCAUAUUCAUGUCUGCCAUCUAUGCAGAAAGUCUAUUUGCAGCACUCUCGUUCACAGGAAUGUUAUAUGCAGCGCGUAAACAAUAUCUUCCUGCAGCGAUCGUUUGGUCCAUUAGCAAUCUCGCUAGGUCUAAUGGCAUUCUCUAUGCAGGGUUUUUUGUCUACGAUCUAAUUGUUAUGAUUGAUCUCCAGUCAUCUAUCUGGAAUAAGAUCAAGGCUCUUGUCAAAACGGGAUGCUUGUGUCUGAUCACUUGGUCUGGAUUUUUUGCAGUACAAGCCUAUGGCUUCUCUCUAUAUUGCACUAAAGCAUUUGGUAUUGACACGCGACCUUGGUGUCAUACCAGAAUGCCUUUCAUUUACACGUUUGUCCAAGGUUUCUACUGGAAUAUUGGAUUUCUCCGUUAUUAUGAAGUUAAGCAGAUUCCCAACUUUCUGAUGGCUGCGCCGAUGAUCACGCUUUCUGCAUCUGGCAUCGCCUUCUAUACCGCAUAUGAUUUGAGCCGAGCCUUGUCCCUUGGAAGAUCACAAGCGUCAUGUACAAGAGAAGAUACAUUACAGAAGCCUCCUCCAUGUUUAUAGGUUGCGUUGUCUUUUUAUUAAACGUCGUAACAUCUUUUUUCUCUCCUUCCUCUGUCCCGUAGCACCCAACAGGCGUGAGCCGCCGUUUUUAAGGUCCGAAACAUUUCCUUACAUUGUGAUGUGGACAGUCCUUCUCUUCACAGCUGUAACAACAAUGCAUGUUCAAAUUAUC